AUGAAGCGCAGGCUAGCAGAGGCAUGGUCGGGUUGGUCCCUGAGAGGAGAUGAGAAGCGAUCAAGAUCCGAGGAAAGCGGUGGAAGCGGCAACCGAGGAAGCAUCGUCUCUGCCGAUGACUUGCGUGCUGGACGCAAAUAUGACCUGCAGAAUCAAGCGAGAGAGCUCGGGCUGAUCCUGACACCUCAAGGUCGAUACGUCCUCGAGGCAUCGAGUCGUCGCAAGUUCUUUGCCUCGAGCCUUCCCUCCGGUCAGAUCCUCUGGGAGACCGACGAGCAAGUGGACGGAGAGGACGUGGAGGAGAUCCUCGUGGCCAUGACCCGACUAGAUCAGUCCGUCCAUGUCAACACGGGCACUCACGGCACUGCAGACGGAGAGCUCAAGACAGCAGGAGGAGAAACGAUUGACUUCUUUCGAGAAGACUUUGAGAGCAUCAAGAAGCUGGAGGAGAAGGCGAAGGUGUCGCUGCAUCAGGUGACCUCUCAGAGCGGGCCUUACCUGCCUCUCAACGCCAACAUGGUCAUCAACGGCUGGUGCUACAGCCAUCGGUACGGCUUUGCGAGCAAGGUGGACCUCAACACGGGCAGGAUCCCGGAGGACAAGCACGUGGAAGGGACGUACUGCAACCUGCCGAAGCGUCUGCGGGAGACGAUCAAGAGCUCGCUGGGAGACGAGGAGGCGGUGGACGACGCCAUGGGCUGCUACUUGGAGACCAACUGCACGGACACAGACCCCGAGGUGAGAGUGACAGCAGGGGAGCGCUCGGGAGAUCUUCUCGACCGCUUCAUGCAGGACAAGCAGAAGCGCGUGCUGGUGCUGCUCGGGUACGCGGGGGCGGGCAAGUCGACGCUGGUGAGGAGGUGGGCGAUCGAGAAGGGAGAGGCAUGGAAGGAGGGGGAGCCGUAUCCAGUGUAUCUGCAUCUGCCGAGGUGCAGGAGCGUGAAAGCGUACAUGGAGGAGGCGGCAGGAGUAUGUUUCGGAGGCGAGGAGGCAUGGCGAGGCUUCAUCAGGGCACGAUCGUUCUUGGUGGUGCUGGACUCGUACGAUGAGAUAGGGGAGAUGGACAACGUGGUGGCGAAGGUGAUGAAGGAGCUCGCGGGCUGCCGGGGAGUGAAGGCAGUCCUCACUUGUCGGAGCGGCUACUUGCAGAAAGAAAACGCGUCUAACCCGCUCCUCUGGCCCCCGGGUACGGGAGGACAAGACGCUGUGCAGGUGGCUUGGGUGUGUCCGUUGAGUCUGAGGGACGAGGGUCGUGUCCGCCGGUACAUUGAAGCGCACGCGAGGUCAUCGGGCAGGGACUGGAGCAGCGAGAGGUGCAAAGAGGGGAUGAGGGCGGUGCAGGAGCUGCGAGAUGUAGUGAGCACGCCCUACUCGUUGAAGGUGCUGCUUGUCGCGCUUCCCCGGCUACAGGAGAAGAAGAGGAGGAGGCCGAGCUGGACCAUCUCACGGCACAACAUGCACAAGGAGUACGCCAAGGAGUGGUACAGGAGAGAGUGGGAGAAGCUGGCGCAGAGGCAGGAGCUUGCAGAGCAGGCCAAGCAAGCGGGAAUGAGAGACGGGAACUACAUGGAGUGGUACUCACGCGGGGCCAAGCAUGUCUGUCUCUACAUGCACAGAGAGCAGAGGAAGCAUGUCGUUCUCAAGGAAGGCGACGGCUUCUCGUCUGUCGCUCCUUUCAGCUUGCGGAUGAGAGGAGGCGACGUGACGCAGCAGCUGGGGUACUGGCUGCUGCGCGGCAGCCUGACUCGCGUGAAGCACAACAAGCGAGAGGGCAGUCUGGAGGUAAGCUUUGUCCACGACCUGUACCGGAGCUUCUUCCUUGCGGAGGCAACCUUGGAGGAGCUUCGGAAGAAGGAGGACGGGCAGGCGGACGAGGCUGUGCGAGUGCCAGCGAGUCUGUCGGUGCGAAACCUCCGAGGCGAGGUCGAGACGAUCAAGGAGCACGCCAUUGUCGUGCAGGGCAAGCGCAAGUACCAGGAGAGGCUGUUUGACGUCAUGAGAGCCUCGCGGGAGGACGGAAGCGAGGAGACGGGGAGGGCGUCAGCGAACGCGGCUACGAUCUUGGUGGCAGCGAGCGUGAGCUGGGCAAUCUUGAGGAACGGCAUCUUCCAUCGGACGGACUUGAGGUGGGCUGACCUGCGCGGGGUGGACGCGAGCCACGGAUACUUUGUGGAGACGCGGCUGGAGGGAGCGAGACUGGAGGGAGCUGACUUUGGGGAGAGGGCGACAGUGAGGAUCGAGUGCAAGGAGGUGAGAUGCGGGGCGUUCGAGCCCGGGGGGAUGACUCUAGCAACAGUGUCGGAGGACGGGAAGAUAAGGGUGUGGAAUGUGGAGACCGGAAGGUGUGUGAGGGAGCUUGGGAGGGGAGGGGAAGAGAUCGAUAUGAUUCGAUGGAGGGCUGACGGGAAGAGGCUGGCGUCGGGGUCGAGGAGAGGGAGGAUAAGGGUGUGGGACGUGGAGACAGGAGGAUGCUUCCUUGACCUUGAGAGGAAGGAGGAGAUAGGGGAGAUAGGCUGGGUGGGGGACGAGAGGAUCGCUUGGUGGACGCACAGGAGGGAAUACUGCAUGCAAACAAUGGACGUGGAGCUGGGAGUGUGCACUCGCGAGCACAAACUUGAAAGGGCUGGGAGACACUCAACACGUUUUGGGCCUGAGGGGCCCGACGGGAGGAGGCUCGCGGGCGUGUCGGAGUCAGGGGGACGGGUGUGGGUGUGGGAUGCAGAGACGGGGAGGGGCGAGGAGCUGCAGGAGGGACCCGAGGGAGGAGUGAGGGGGGCUGAGCUGGGGGCCGGACGGGCACACUGUUUACGCGGCAUAUGUCUAAUGGCUGAUUUCAAUCGAAACGAGAGAGAGCUUGUGUGUCGCUAUGCUUCAAUCGACCAGUCGCUCUCCAGCCCCGUCAGACGCCUGCUGGAGGAGAGAGGAGCCGUCGCUCAGGCUAACACACCAACCAGAGGCUCGUGGUGCUGUGUACAGUAG